UUCCCAUCUCAGUUUACGGUUGUCUCUAUUUUGUCAGUCCUAGCAGUGCUCACUGAGUCCAGGAGACAUUGCCUAGGUAUUGGUUUGUAGCAAAUAUAGGAGAUGAUGGCCUCUGUUUUAAUCGUGGAUGAAGGUAGUGAUUUUUUUAAAAAUUUGCUUAACCAUGGUGGGAGACAGAGGGUUCCAUGCCCUCAGGGAAAGCUAGCCAUCAUCUGUGAUUUGGUACACAGAGCCGUGGGGCCAGUUUGCAACAGGUGCCAAGGCCUGCUGUCCAUAUAAGUUUCAUAUAUAGUCUGAGGUACGGGUCUAACUUCAUUCUUUUGUAUGAGUACAUCCAGUUGUCCCAGCACCAUUUGUUGAAAAGUCUCUUUCGCCUUUAAGUGGUCUUGGGACUUCCGUCAAAAAUAUGUUGACCGUAGAUGUAUCGGUUUACUUCUGGACUCUUAAUCUAUUUCACUGAUAUAUGUCUAUCCUUAUGCCAGUAUCACACUGUCUUGAUGAGUGCUGCUUUGUCAAAUGUUUUGAAAUUGUGAAGUGUGAAUCCUUCACCUUUUUUUUUUUCUUUUUUUUUUGGCUGUGCCGUGCAGCUUGUGGGAUCUUAUUUCCCUGACCAGGGAUUGAACCCAGGCCAUGGCAGUGAAAGUGCCAAGUCCUAACCACUGGACCGCCAGGGAAUUCCCUCAGCUUAUUUUUAUUCUUCAAGUUUCUUUUGCCUUGUACUGGAACUCUUGAAUUUUCAGUGAAUUUUAUUAUCAGCUUGUCAAUUUCUGCAAAGGAACCAACUGGGUUUCUGAAAGGGAUUGUGUUGAAUCUGAAUAUCAAUUUGGGGAAUAUCUGUUAGAUGUGGGUUUAGAUAAAAGAGUGUAAAUUAAAGGUUUUGACUGAUGUCUGGAAUCAUUAACAAAACGUGGGAAGAUAGGAAAUGAAGAUAGUAAGAAGAUGCGUUUUUGACACUGAGUUUAUGCUACUGUGGAACACCAGGUGAAAUGUUCAGUAGGCAAUUAGAGCUUGUAUUAGAUGUGGAGGAGAGAACAAGGAACUGUGAGAGCAGCAUUAGAGAAUGAGAUUUCUGAGAGACGGAAAGGAGAACCUCUGAGACCUGAACGCCUGCCGUGUCCGUGAUGAGAGGGCAGGUGAAGGAAGAGAAGCCAGGGAAUGAGGGGCAGAGAGGUGAGGGGGAGGCCAGGCAGGCUGCUGCUGGGGAAGCCAUGGGAGAGAAGGUGGUCAGAAGUGUAGCUUCCUUCCGAGAGUGGGAGAGAGAGGGCUGGAAGGAACCGCCAGUUCAGUUUGAACAGGGACCUUCUUGCCUUCAGGAAAGGUUCACAGCUCACAAAGGAUAAUGCCUUUAUGGAACAGGGAUGAGGGUCCGUGUGUGUGGAGCCACCUGGGUUCUCCUGAAUCCACUUGCUGGGAUCCAGACCUCAUUGGAGCCAAGAGCAGGGCUGGUCCCACUCAGAGCUUUCUUUCCUCCCUCAGCUCAGCAUGCUUCCCCGGUGCCUGCCCUUCCCCAAGUGGGGAACGUAGGAGACCAAGCAGCGGCAACUGUGCUCCGGAUGGUCAGGCCCCAGGAGGCUGCAGUGUUCGAGUUCCUGUCUGUGGACUAUACUCAGCAAAAGUGGAAAGGUCUGGCACUCAGCCAGAGAGCCCUGUACUGGAACAUCAUGCUGGAAAAUUGCUGCAGCCUGGCCUCACUGGCAGGUGAGAACAGGAUGGAGAGUUCAGAGUUGCCUCCAAAGCAGGAACUUUCUAAAGUUUUGAAGUCAUCUGAUAGAACCUCAGUAGUACUCUGUGGAAUGAUUCCAGGAGAACCAGAAGCUGGAGAUGCCUGUGAAGAGGCUCUAGAGAAGCUAGAAGUUCAACCCUCAGGUGAAGAAGGGACCAGACUGGAAAGGGAUUUCUUGGAAAUAACAGAGGAAGAUAAAAAUAAAUCCACAAAAGAUGGGUGUGAUGAAUAUAAGGAACUUGGGGGACAUCCAGACCUGUCCUCCAGUCCUGCAGAACAUCAAGGAGUUCUGAAGGGGCAGAAAUUCUAUCGAUGUGAUGAAUGUGGCAAAGCUUUUAAUUGGAGUUCUCACCUCAUUGGGCAUCAGAGAAUCCACACUGGGGAGAAACCCUAUGAGUGCAAUGAGUGUGGCAAGACCUUCAGGCAGACCUCUCAGCUUAUAGUCCAUCUCAGAAUCCACACAGGGGAAAAGCCCUAUGAAUGCAGUGACUGUGGUAAGACCUAUCGCCACAGCUCCCAUCUCAUUCAACACCAGAGACUCCAUACUGGGGAGAAACCGUAUAAAUGUAUUGAAUGUGGAAAAGCUUUCAAUGAGAGUUCCAAACUCUUUGACCAUCAGAGAACCCAUACUGGGGAGAAACCAUAUGGAUGCAAUGAAUGUGGAGCAGUCUUUAGUCGGAGUAAAAGCCUUGUCCGCCAUCAGGUACUUCACACUGGUGAGAAACCUUACAAGUGUAAUGAGUGUGGGAAAGCUUUCUGUUCUAACAGAAAUCUUAUUGACCAUCAGAGAAUCCACACUGGGGAGAAGCCUUAUGAAUGUAAUGAAUGUGGCAAGGCGUUCAGUCGAAGUAAAUGUCUUAUUCGACAUCAGAGCCUCCACACUGGGGAAAAACCAUUCAAAUGCAGUGAGUGUAGGAAAGCCUUUAAUCAGAUCUCUCAACUUGCUGACCAUGAGCGAAUUCAUACUGGAGAAAAACCCUUUGAAUGUAAUGAGUGUGGUAAGGCAUUCAGUCUGAGUAAAUGUCUCAUUCGACAUCAGAGACUUCACACGGGUGAAAAGCCCUAUAAAUGCAAUGAGUGUGGAAAAUCCUUCAAUCAAAACUCAUACCUCAUUAUUCAUCAGAGAAUUCACACUGGUGAGAAACCUUAUGAAUGUAAUGAAUGUGGGAAGGUCUUCAGUCAUAAUUCUAGCCUUAUGGUACAUCAGAGAACCCAUACUGGGGAGAAACCAUAUAAGUGCAAAGAUUGUGAGAAAGCUUUUCGUGACAGCUCACAACUCACUGUGCACCAAAGAGUUCACACUGGAGAGAAACCCUAUGAAUGUAUUGAAUGUGGGAAAGCCUUCAGUCAGCGUUCUACUUUCAAUCACCACCAGCGAACUCACAUUGGAGAAAAGCAGUCAGGUCUGGCUCGGUCUGUUUUUUAAGACGUGAUUCUCUAAGACAGCAAGGAACUCUGAGUUAAGGUUUCUAUUGAAGAAGUAUGCUCACCCUGGUCUCCUCUUGGAACCACUAAUCAAAGUGGAUCAUUCCCUAAAUGCUCUCUGGUGGUCAGGAAGGUGAGAGAGUGGGAGUAACAGUACCAUCCUUCCCCACUAAGGACUACACAUUUCAUGUGCUUGUAGGUUUCCUUUUUCUUCACCUUUUUUUUUUUUGGCCACGCCAUGCGGCUUGUGGGGGAGCUUUCCCGACCAGGGAUCAAACCCGCGCCCUCAGCAGUGAAAGCAAGGAGUCCUAACCAGUGGACCACCAGGGAAUUCCCUUCUUUCACUUUUAAAAAAAAUUAAAAUCUAUCUUGUUUCUUAAUUAUUUGUCCCACAAUUAUAUUCUUAAGGAAAGAGAUAUUUCCUUAUUCUAUUCCACCUCCUCCAUUUUACCAUUUAUAUAAAGUCAUUCUCCAAGACUCUGAGUCAUACUUUCUACCUCUUGAAUGUGGCCCUUUUAAAACUACUUUAAUCUAGACUCUCAUCACUUGUGUUCUCUACCUAGAAAAGCUUUUCUUCCUGUUGGCCAAUCUGUGUCCCUUGAACCUUUAAGAUCUAGGUCAUCUCUGAAGGACUUUCUUCUUAAAAUGCUCCUUUUUUCCUCCUAACCUGUUGAUUGACCUCAGUGUUUUGAAUUAACCUGUGCUGUAAUUUGCAAUUGUUAUAUAAUUGCCUUGUCAAUUCUCAACCUAAUGCCCCUUUGUGUCCUUUUAUACUAACUUCAUGUAGGCUUUCAGGUUGGGUAUAGUAUCUAUUUCUUUUAGCAUAUAGAUAAUACUUUGCAUAUUCUAGUUGUUAAAUAGCUUUUAAAAACUCGCCUCUCCAACUGAACCAUGCUUAAAGUGGGCAUGAACUCCCCUUUCACCACCAGACCUAAAAUUUCUAAAGAUGGGUAUCAUAGGAUAUCAAAUACAAAGGCCUCAUUCAUAUCUUCUCCUUGUGUCCUUUAGAGUCUUACUACUGUUACCUCAGCCUCAGAGAGUUAAUGGAUUUGUGUUUGAGUGUGUGCAGGUGUGUGCAUAUAUGUAUGUAUCUAGGUAUUGGAGGCAGCUGUCAUGUUCCAGUGAUAAUGUACUUUGCCAUGAACACAGACUCCGGUUCUGUACUAGCUUUCUCCACCCUGCUGUCUAAGUACAAGAACAGCAUCAAAGUUUACUGCAAAGAAGACUCAACUUCCAUGGCAAUUUCAGUUCCUAGCAUUCUUGGAUGAUUGGAAUGAACAGUAAUGAAGUUUGUGACAAAAUAAUAGAGUCACACCAUUCUGAUUUCCUUACCAACUAGUUCUAGAUGCCUGCAACUGUCAUCUGAUUUUUAGGUGAGAGGUGUACGCUUAAUUAUUGUGAUUAUCUUCUGGGCCAACUUUCAUACCUCAAAGGCAUAAGAAAAUCUCUUCAGGGGAUUUCCUCUUCUACAGUCAUGUAUCAGUCACAAGUUUUUCUUUCCAUCCUUGUAGUAGGGCCUCAAUGCUAGGGGAUCUUUGCCCCUGGUAGCUACCCUCUUCCUCUUAGCAAUAUGACAGGAUCAGCAGUGUGGCAGAGGAGGAGGAGGUUAGAGGGGCAAUGUCAGGCACAUAACCUAGAGGAGAGAGAUUUUUGUGAGCUGUGAUUUAUGUCUCCGAGACAGUGGAGAAGAAGGGGAAGAGAGUUGAGGCUCAAGAAAAUAAGAAUUAGGGGCUUCCCCGGUGGCGCAGUGGUUGAGAGUCCGCCUGCCAAUGCAGGGGACACGGGUUCGUGCCCCGGUCCGGGAAGAUCCCACAUGCCGUAGAGCGGCUGGGCCCGUGAGCCAUGGCCGCUGAGCCUGCGCGCCCGGAGCCUGGCUGGGCCCGAGAGCCAUGGCCGCUGAGACUGUGCGUCCGGAGCCUGUGCUCCGCAACGGGAGAGGCCACAACAGUGAGAGGCCCGUGUACCGCAAAAAAAAACAAAAAAAGAAAAUAAGAAUUAGAUAUGAUUCUGGGUGAGGCAUCUCAGAAAAUGUUAGAGUGUUUAUUAGGAGCCUAAAAAAUUACUGAACCGAGGACAGAACUGGAAAUUUGCCAUUUGUGAAUAUUUUAAAUUUCUGUUAUAGCUAUAUUUUUGGUGUUUAUUUUCAUUUUUUUAAACCGAUAGGACUUUCUUUUUAAAAAUAUUUUACUUUGGAAGCUCCCAGAUUCCAGGGGAGAGCCUAACCCCAUAUGAACACACGGGUCCAGCCCUCUACUCUGAUUUCAACAUGACUGGUUAUGUCUUUAGUAGAGAACCCUCUGUCGAGUAUUGUAAUUUUUUAUCUUCUGGUUCUGCUCAUACCGUACCACACUAAGUCUCUGGAGGGAGGGGUCCAGCACUGUUCAUAACCCUGUUAGCUGACCACCACCCAUCCGGGUUAGGUGCUAAGUAGCAGUGAAUAUCCUUACUUGCUAGAAAAGCACUCAGGCUCUUGGUUGGAGGAAAAGAGGCUACGUUUAAAAGCCACACCUCAAUUUCUACUGGUUAUUGCUAGUGUUUUAAUAAUUAGUGAUUUUAAAAAAAAUUUUACUUGGAUCCAAUUACCUUGCUAGAUUAGUUUUGGUUUGAAGAGUUUUUCAGUUUCAUUUCCUAGCUUUUCUAGGUAUACAAUAAGUAACGAUUAGUGUUCUCUUAAUUCUAAUCUGUAUGCCACUUAUGUCGUGCAUGAGCGCAAAUAUUUUUAAAAUGUUGAAUACUGAAUAACAGGCGUUCAGUGUCUUGUUCCUAACUUUCAGGAGAAAGGUUUUUUAGGAUUUCACAGUUUUAUAUGGCGUUCACCCUCAUUGUUUGUGAUAAAUAUUCUACUCUGUUUGGGAAGUUUUCUUCUAUUCCUAUUUUUAGAAGAAGCAAUAUGUUAUAGUGGUAAAGAGCACAGAUUUUGUGCCUGGAAGCCUAGGUUCAAAUCCUGCCUCCACCACUUUCUUUAGGUGUGUGAUCCUGGGCAAGUUGCUUUGCCUCCUUUUGUCUUCCAUGUGUAAAAUGGAGCUACCUCAUAGGGCCUUGAGGAUAAAAUCAGUUCGUAAGUGUAACGCACUUGAAACAAUACUUGGCAUGUAGUAUACCCUAUAGCAAAUUAUUAUUAUACUUAAGUUUUUAUUAGGAAUGGAUGCUAAGUUCUGUCCGACUUUUAAAAAUCUGUUCGUGUAAUGUUAUGGUUUUAUCAUUCUUUUCAGAAUCGAUUUUGCUGACAAGUUUCCAAAUGAAAUUUCCUUGUGUUCCUGGAAUAAAAUCCAUUUUUUU